AUGUCGUUUCAGAUAAUCUUGGGCUCGGCGUCAAUGGCACGCCGGCAGAUACUGGCGGAUUUGGGCUACGAGUUCACAAUCAUGACUGCAGAUAUAGACGAGAAGAGUAUCAGAAUGGAUAAGCCUGAAGAGUUGGUGAUGGUUUUAGCCGAGGCAAAAGCAGAUGCUAUCAUUUCAAGGAUGCAAAGUAGUGAGCUGGAUGGAGGUGGUGAUCAAGCAACACUGUUGAUUACUGCAGACACAGUGGUGGUGUAUGAAGGGAUCAUAAGGGAAAAACCAUCCAGCAAGGAAGAAGCAUGGGAGUUUAUCAAAGGCUAUUCUGGUGGUCAAGCAGGAGUUAUAGGAUCUGUACUUGUGACUAACCUUAAAACAGGAAAAAGAAGAGGCGGGUGGCGCAGCGCAGAGGUUUAUUUUCAUGUCAUACCCGAUGAGAUUAUUGGCAACCUAAUAGAGGAGGGAACCACACUCAACGUUGCUGGGGGUCUGAUGCUUGAACAUCCAAUGAUAUCGCCCUUUGUAGAAGCAGUGUUAGGGACAACUGACACAGUAAUGGGACUGCCUAAAGAACUCACUGAAAAGCUCAUCCAUGAAGCGCUCUAACUACUCUGAUGCAGUGACCAGCU